UUCUGUGGGCUCAGUCAUUUUGAUGGUGUCUCCUAGGAAAAUAGAUCUGUUUUGUUAAAUAUUAAACAACUACUUUCAAAAGAUAUGCCAAAUUUAGAUAUUUUUAAAAUAAGUUGCUUUUUUUUUCUUUUCAGAUAUAUUUAUACUCUACCUGUGACUAAUAAUUAUGCUCCAUGUACAACACCAGAAGAAAUCAUGGAGAAGAGGAACACAACCUCAGACUUCAUUCUUCUAGGACUCUUUAAACACACAGGACCCCACCUCUUUCUCUUCAUGUUGGUGCUGACAAUGGCCAUUGCUUCUUUGGUGGGCAAUGCCCUCUUGCUUCUCCUGAUUUACUGGGAUCCGCGGCUACACACACCCAUGUACUUCCUACUGAGCCAGCUCUCCCUCAUGGACUUGAUGCUGGUUGCCACCAUUGUGCCCAAAAUGUCUGCUGACUACUUGACUGGCAAGAAGUCCAUCUCCCCUGCUGGCUGUGGGUUGCAGAUCUUUGUUUCACUCACAUUGGGUGGUGGAGAGGGUUUUCUCUUAGCAGCAAUGUCUUAUGACCGCUUUGUGGCUGUUUGCCACCCACUGCGAUACCCUGUCCUCAUGAGCUGGCAAUUAUGCUUGAGAAUGACUUUGGGGUGUUGGUUCCUGGGGGCAGCUGAUGGGAUCAUGCAAGCUGCUGCUACCCUGAGCUUCCCAUUUUGCAGCGCUCAUGAGAUUGAUCAUUUCUUCUGUGAGGCCCCCAUGCUGGUGCGUUUGGCUUGUGCCAACACAUCAUUCUUUGAAAAUGUAAUGUAUAUCUGCUGUGUGUUAAUGCUUCUGGUCCCCUUUUCCCUCAUCUUGACUUCCUAUAGUCUCAUCCUCUCUGCUGUUCUCCAGAUGCAUUCCAGAGAAGCCAGCAAGAAGGCUUUUGUUACCUGCUCCUCACAUUUGGUUGUGGUGGGAUUCUUUUAUGGAGCUGCUAUUUUUAUUUACAUGAGACCAAAAUCCUACAGGUCAGCUAACCAUGAUAAGCUUGUGUCAGCAUUCUAUACUAUCUUCACCCCUGAGCUGAACCCCCUCAUUUAUAGUCUGAGGAACAGUGAGGUCAAGGUAGCCUUGAAAAAGUGGCUGGGGAAAUGUGCAAAUUUAAAAUGCCAGCAAGCUUAGUCCCACUCUUCAAGGUUACUCAAUGUUAAAUGAGUCUAAUUUCCUGAAGUCAUUAACAUUUAAACAUAUUGUAAUUCUCUCUCCUUUAGUAAUGCAUGAAGAGAAAGUUAAAUUCAUUGAUAAGUAUAAUAGGAAGUUGUUAAGAAUUAAGGGAGACCACUAUAUUGAGAGAUACUAUUUCUUUAGCACUUACUAUUUGCUAUGCUCCACACUAAGCAAUUUUUAUAGAUUAUUUUGUAUCCUAUUAACAACUAUAUGAUAUACCAUGAUAUACGUACUUUGACACCCAUCUUCUAAAUGAGAAAACGGAAGCAUGAAAAAUUAAAUAUUGUUCCCAAUAUAACACAGCAAGUAAAUGUUAAAAUGUGAAUCCCAAGCUUGUCCCCUAACAAGGUAUGCUUUAUUUCUGU